AUGUAUGCGACAGCCCAUACAAUUAAACAACAACAGCCACAGCAACAUCCUCCACCACCACCAUUGAAUGGCGGACUACAUGCUGGUGGGGCUCCUCCAAAUUCUCAUGAAGCUGCAGCCCUUUCUCAGCAACAACAACAGCAGCAUCAUAAUGGGCCUGGUAUCAUUGUUGCUGCAGCAGCAGCUUCUGCUAACCAACAAGCUGCUCAAGUCCGAGCUCAACAACAACAACAACAGCAGCAGCAGCAGCAGCAGCAGCAACAGCAACAGCAACAGCAGCAACAACAACAAUUACCAAGUUCAGCAGCUCUUAAUGAAACUACAGCAUCAACUUGGUUAGCCAUUGGUUCAUUGGCUGAGAGUUUAGGUGACAUUGAGCGUGCGUUAACUUCUUACGAUUCUGCUUUAAGACAUGCACCAAAUAACCCUGAUGUUUUAAUUAAAUUAGCAAAUACUUAUCGUGCAAAAGAUCAAUUUCUUAAGGCUGCUGAAUUAUAUGAACAGGCCCUUAAUUUCCAUGCCGAGAAUGGUGAAACCUGGGGGUUAUUAGGUCAUUGUUAUUUGAUGUUGGAUGAUUUACAAAGAGCCUAUGCUGCUUACCAACGUGCUUUGUUUUAUUUAGAAAACCCCAACAUUCCAAAAUUGUGGCAUGGAAUUGGUAUUUUAUAUGACAGAUAUGGUUCAUUGGAAUAUGCUGAAGAAGCCUUUGUAAGAGUUUUGGAUUUGGAUCCAAAUUUCGACAAGGCCAAUGAAAUUUAUUUCCGUUUAGGGAUCAUUUAUAAGCAUCAAGGUAAACUACAACCAGCAUUAGAAUGUUUCCAAUACAUUUUGAAUAACCCACCACACCCAUUAACACAACCAGAUGUUUGGUUUCAAAUUGGUUCAGUGUUGGAACAACAAAAGGAUUGGAAUGGUGCUAAGGAAGCGUAUGAAAAAGUGUUGCAAGUAAAUCCUCAUCAUGCAAAGGUUUUGCAACAAUUGGGUUGUCUUUAUUCUCAAGCAGAAUCAAACCCACCAACACCAGCUAAUGGCGCAACACAACUGUAUAAACCAUUCCAACAAGAUUUGAACAUUGCUUUGAAAUAUUUAAAGCAAUCUUUGGAUAUUGAUCAAAGUGAUGCUCAUUCAUGGUACUAUUUGGGUAGGGUAGAAAUGAUCAGAGGUGAUUUCACUGCAGCUUAUGAGGCGUUCCAACAAGCUGUCAAUCGAGAUGCAAGAAAUCCAACAUUCUGGUGCUCAAUUGGGGUUUUGUAUUACCAAAUAAGUCAAUAUCGUGAUGCAUUGGAUGCUUACACCAGGGCUAUUAGAUUAAAUCCUUAUAUCAGUGAAGUAUGGUAUGAUUUAGGGACUUUAUAUGAGACUUGUAAUAAUCAAAUUAGUGACGCAUUGGAUGCUUAUCGACAAGCAGAAAGGUUGGAUCCAAACAAUCCUCAUAUAAAGGCCAGAUUAGAACAAUUGAUCAAGUAUCAACAAGAAGGAAAUACUCAUCCACCUCAACCACCUCCAAGUUCUCAACAACCUAGGUUGCCUCAAGGAAUGGUUUUGGAAAGUAGUCAACAACAACAACAGCAGCAGCAACAACAAUCACAAUCACAACCACAACCACAACCACAACCACAACCACAACAGCCACCUCAAAUUCAAUCACAACCACCUUUACUUCAACACCAGUCACCAUUGCCUCCACAACAAGUCCAUUCAUUACAUCAGCAAGUUACAAAGCCUUUAGUGAAUCAACAACAAAGUCCACCACCACCUCAUUUGAUGAAUAUGGGACAAUCAGGACAACAAAUACCACCACCUCUUCCACCACAAACUCAACAGCCUCCUCAAAUCCAAGAGAAACCACAAUCUCAAGAACAGCAACCACCACAACCACAACAUCAGCCUCAACACAAUCAAAAUCAACUGCCUCAAUUGGCUCAAUUACCGCCACAGCAUUCGCACCCUUUAACCCAUUCACAAGGUGUACCUCAACAAAGGAAUGGCUUGCCGGAUCCAUUGCAAAGGUCUACUAGCCUUGGGACAGUUCAAUCACACACACCACAACCACAACAGCCACAACAACAACAACCACCACCACACAUUGCACCAGUUCGACAGGAGCAAGUUAACCAGGUUCCUUCAAUUUACCUGAAUCCUAGAGCAGCUGAGACAACACUUCCUCAAAUCAGCAAACCAAAUGAACCAACAACACAAGCUCCUGACUACAAAAAAGAGGAACCUAAAUCAGGGACUACGGUUUCUGCUCCAGUUUCCGAACCUUCUAAAGUUCAAACCCAAACUACAAACCAGGAACCAGAACCAACACCAGCAGCACCAAAACCAGCACAAGCUGCAGAAGCAGCACCAGUACCGGUAUCUGCUCCGGCUUCUAACCCAGAUGGUGAAACCAAACCAGAUUCUGUAUCUGCUACUACUCCUGCUACAUCAACUAGUACAAAUGCUGUACCAGUACCAGUAUCUCAAGUUGUUGAACCAUCAACUACUAUUGAGGAGAAGAAACUCCCGGAAACUGAGCAGAAUGUUUCACAAGUAGAAAAAUCUAUCGAAUCUCAAUCAGAGACAGUCCCAGCUCGAGGUCCAGCAGUAGCAACAACUGUAACAACUGAACCAGCUCCUGGUGAUAAUGAUGUUGAAAUGGCUGCUAGUAAAAGUGCAACACCUGUACCUCAAAAUACAGUAGAACAAGAUACCACAGUUUCUGACGCCACAAAGGUACCAGAAUCCAAUGGUAAACAUGACUUAGAAGAUAAAAACUAUGAAGAUAAAGUUUUAAAAAAACCAACUGUUGAAACAGCUACUGAAUCUAUAUCUGACAAACAACCUGUUGAAAAAGAAAAUGAAAAAGUUGAAGAACAACCAAGUUCUGAAAAGAAAGAAGAGGUCAAUGGGUCUAUUAAGAAACCAUUAGAGAAUGAAAAUAACGUUGAUGUUCCUCAAUUUUCAGCGAAUAUCACUGGUCCAAAUGAACAAACAAAAUCAGGAGAAGAAGGCAAAGAAGUUGAUACAGUCAAGACAAGUCCAGCAAAGGAAGAAUCCAAGGAAGCAUUACCAUCAUCUACUGAGAGUGCGCCAGGACAAGUUGUGGAGAAAGACAAUAAAGAGAAAGAGAAAGAGAAAGAUGAAGAUGAAGUGAUGGCUGAUGAUGAAGAUAAAGCCAAGAAGGAUGAAAAUCCAGAACCUCCAAUGAGGAAAAUUGAAGAAGAUGAAAAUUAUGAUGAUGAAUAG